UUCUGAAUAGUGCUGAAAGAACGACAGACUGGUGACCCCCGUUUUCUUUGCAGGCAGAAGGAUGCGAGGAGGAACUGAUGGAGACUCUGUAUGAAGAUAUCAACCAGCUAAUCUUGGUCUUGGAGAACGCCGGAACGCAGAACGCUGAUGCCAAGGAGUUGAGUGAGCCAGCUGGGCCAGAUGGUGAGGGGCUGGUGGCUCUGUUCAGUGGAAGGGUUGUGUGGACCAGCCUUCCCUCGCCCUCCCAAGAUGACAUUCCUGCUUAUUGGGUCAGCUCUCCACCCCACCAGGAGCCAGACCACUCGGAAAUGGUAUCAACAAACCUGCUGGAGAUCUGCCUUCAGUAUGCUGGUGACUAUGACCUGGUGGGGAGCCUACACAAGCUGGUGAAGGGGCAGGGGGCGCAGGCACUCACCCCUCAGAAGCUGGCAGGGAAGGGGCCACCCAGAUACAAGCACAGUGCCGGGGCCAUCAGGGCAGACAAGCGUGGCAGGCCCUUUGUUGCCCCAAUGCGUGGUCGUCCCUUCACCCGCGGCAUGAACCUUCGCAGCGACCCCUUCCGCAGCCGGCCCCCCAACACCUCCCGGCCUCCCUCCCUGCAUGUGGACGACUUUGUGGCCCUGGAGAGCACCGGCCACCAACCCACAGGACCCACGGGUUACAACAAGAUCUCCUUCGGCAGGGUGUGUGCCCUUGGUGUGGAGGUGGACUCGUGGCUGACCACUUCCUCCACCUACUCCAACACAGCAAGCCCUCAAAACACUCGAAAAGCUACCACCACUAUUCCUCCCAUCUUUCCUGACUCCCACACCAACACAGAGACAGCUACCCACCUUGUGAUGUGGAGAACUGGUGAGAGAAACCUGGUGAGAUUUACCCAACUCUGGACCACCUCAGCAAGUCACCACCCCUGGACCACACUAAGUCACCACUUCUGA